AUGUCUGUGGAGAGGCUUUUCAUGGAGUCCCUUGUCGGAGUGCUGUUAGUACACUCAUGUUUGGCCAUUUCUUCCUCCAACGUCACUGAUCUAUCUGCUCUGCUUGCGUUCAAGUCUGAGAUCAAGCUUGACCCCAACAACAUUUUGGGGAGUAACUGGACUGAAGCUGAAAACUUCUGCAAUUGGGUUGGCGUCUCUUGUAGCAGUCGCAGACAGAGAGUAACACUUUUGAGCCUUGGACACAUGGGUCUCCAAGGCACCAUUUCUCCUUAUGUCGGUAAUCUUUCCUUCCUGGUUGGACUUGAUCUUCGUAACAACAGUUUUCAUGGUCAUCUGAUUCCUGAAAUCAGCCAUUUGAAACGCUUGAGAAAACUCAUAUUACAACUGAACAUGCUGGAAGGAUUGAUCCCUGAAAGCAUGCAACACUGCCAAAAGCUUCAGGUCAUCUCCCUUGCAAAAAAUGAAUUUACAGGGGUGAUACCAAAUUGGUUAAGCUACUUACCCUCACUUCGAGCCCUAUACCUUGGAAGGAACAUUCUUACAGGUACUAUUCCACCUUCCUUGGGUAACAAUUCAAAGUUGGAAUGGCUUGGUUUAGAACAAAACCACCUUCACGGAACCAUUCCAAGUGAGAUAGGGAAUCUUCAGAAUUUGAUGGGCAUUAACUUUGCCAAAAAUAACUUCACUGGGUUGAUACCCCUGACAAUUUUCAAUGUCUCCACCCUAGAACAAAUAUUAUUAGAACAAAAUUCUCUUUCAGGGACUCUUCCUUCAACUCUUGGGCUUUUGCUUCCAAACCUAAAGAUCCUUGGCCUUGGCGUAAAUAAGCUCAGUGGAGUUAUCCCUUUGUAUCUAUCAAAUUGUUCUCAACUCAUAUAUUUAGAUUUAGAAGACAACCGAUUUACCGGAGAAGUCCCCAGAAAUAUAGGCCACUCAGAACAGCUCCAAACACUAUUUCUGGAUGGAAAUCAGCUAACAGGUUCAAUUCCAAGGGAAAUUGGUUCCUUGACAAAUUUGAAUCUACUUGCAUUGAGUAAUAACAAUCUGAGUGGUGCCAUUCCAUCAACAAUUAAAGGAAUGAAAAGCCUGCAGAGACUAUAUCUUGAUGGUAACCAACUUGAGGAAAGCAUUCCGAACGAGGUGUGCCUCCUUAGAAACUUGGGGGAAAUGAGCCUUGGAAAUAAUAAGCUGUCUGGAUCAAUUCCAAGUUGCAUAGAAAAUGUUAGUUAUUUACAGAUCAUGCUGUUGGAUUCCAAUUUGUUGUCCUCAUCAAUUCCAUCCAACUUGUGGAGCCUUGAAAAUCUCCGGUCUUUGGAUUUAUCAUUUAAUUCAUUGGGCGGAAGCCUCCAUGCCAACAUGAGAUCAAUGAAAAUGCUGCAGACCAUGGACUUGUCUUGGAACAGAAUCUCAGGUAACAUUCCAACCAUUCUUGGGGCCUUUGAAAGCUUAAGUUCCCUAAAUCUGUCGGGAAACUUAUUUUGGGGGUCUAUUCCCGAAUCUCUUGGCGAAUUGAUCACAUUGGAUUAUAUGGACCUCUCUCACAAUAAUCUAUCUGGAUCAAUACCCAAAUCAUUGGUGGCUCUUUCACAUCUCCGAAACCUGAAUUUGUCUUUUAAUAAGCUGUCGGGGGAAAUUCCAAGGGACGGGUGUUUUGAGAACUUUACAGCAGCAUCCUUUUUGGAGAACCAAGCACUCUGCGGGCAGCCCAUCUUUCAAGUCCCACCUUGCCAGCGUCAUAUCACCCAAAAAUCAAAAAAUAAAUUUCUCUUCAAAAUUUUCCUUCCAUGCAUUGCAUCAGUGCCAAUCCUCGUGGCUCUCGUCCUCCUGAUGAUAAAAUAUCGACAGAGUAAGGUGGAAACACUGAACACAGUUGAUGUAGCACCUGCAGUGGAGCAUAGAAUGAUUUCAUAUCAAGAGCUUCGUCAUGCUACGAAUGAUUUCUCUGAAGCUAACAUCCUUGGAGUGGGAAGCUUUGGUUCUGUCUUCAAAGGACUACUUUCCGAGGGGACACUAGUCGCUGUUAAAGUUUUGAAUCUACAACUAGAAGGUGCUUUCAAAAGCUUUGAUGCAGAAUGCAAGGUGCUGGCAAGGGUUCGACAUAGGAAUCUGGUUAAAGUCAUAACUUCAUGCUCCAACCCUGAGCUAAGAGCUCUGGUUUUGCAAUACAUGCCCAAUGGAAGCCUUGAGAAGUGGUUGUAUUCUUUCAACUACUGCUUGAGUCUCUUCCAAAGAGUGAGCAUCAUGGUGGAUGUCGCAUUAGCUUUGGAGUAUCUUCAUCAUGGUCAAUCCGAGCCUGUGGUGCACUGUGAUUUGAAGCCCAGCAAUGUCCUCUUGGAUGAUGAGAUGGUUGCUCAUGUGGGCGACUUUGGCAUUGCAAAGAUUUUGGCUGAAAACAAGACUGUGACUCAAACCAAGACUCUAGGUACUCUUGGCUACAUUGCACCAGAGUAUGGCUUGGAAGGAAGGGUAUCCUCAAGAGGUGAUAUUUACAGCUAUGGAAUAAUGUUGUUAGAGAUGGUUACAAGAAAGAAGCCCAUGGAUGAGAUGUUUUCUGAAGAAAUGAGUUUGAGACAAUGGGUUAAAGCAACAAUUCCCAACAAAAUAAUGGAGGUGGUGGACGAAAAUCUACCAAGGAACCAAGAUGGGGGAGAUGCGAUUGCAACACAAGAAAAGCUUUUGGCCAUCAUGGAAUUGGGCUUGGAGUGUAGCAGAGAAUUACCAGAGGAGAGGAUGGACAUAAAAGAAGUUGUGGUUAAGUGGACAUGUAUCAUUUAAAUUUGUCUUAGUCAAU